CCUCAGUGCCCUGCAAAAACAUCCAGACUUAUCAAACUCUUCUGAUUGUUCUGAUUGAUCAGGUUGAGCUUCACUGAUACGGUUCACUUUCACUGAACGUCUCCUUUCUGUUGGUACCAUGGUUCUGUCCUCAGCCAACAGGCCCCGGGUGUUCCGGCUCCUCUUCUCUGACCCAAGCCGGACUUUCUACUGCAGCGGAGACAAACUGUCCGGUUUCGUCCAGCUGGAAGCGGGCCCCCCCUGCAGGCUGACCAGCCUCAGGGUCACCGCCGCCGGGUGUGCCCGGGUGGAGAACCGGGGCCGCAGCCAGGAGGUGGAGUACCUCAAGUAUGAGGAAGACAUUCGGCUGGAGGAGUUUCUGAGCCCAGACUCUGACGGCUGCUUCCUGCUUCCUGCUGGGAAGUCCUUCAGCUUUCAGUUUGGCUUCGAGCUUCCUCCUCCAGGGCGCCUUGUGUCGUCCUUCAAAGGGAAGUUUGGAUCUGUGCGUUAUUACGUGAGGGCGGAGCUGCAGCGACCUUCCCAACAGGCUCUGCAGUGCGAGCAGGAGUUUGAAGUAGAAGAGCCGUUGGAUGUCAACCAACCCGACCUGCUGGCUCCGGCGGCCGCGUCUAAACAGAAGAAGGUCACCUGCAUGUUCAUCCCUGACGGCCAAGUCUCCAUCUCAGCGCGGAUUGACAGAAAAGGUUUCUGCGAGGGCGAAGAGAUCAACAUCAACGCGAAGUUCGAGAACACCUGUUCUCGAAUCGUGGUGCCGAAGGCUGCCAUCAUCGCUAAACACUCAUACAGCAUCAACAACCAAACCAAGGUCAUGCGGCAGAAACUGACAGCAGUCCGAGGGAACCCUAUCAUCUCCGGCAUGUGUGACAUGUGGCAGGGGAGGACCAUCAGAGUCCCCAAACUGAGGCCCACGCUGCUGGGUUGUGACAUCAUCAAGGUGGACUAUGCGCUCAUGAUCUACCUGCACAUCCCCGGCAGUGAAAAGCUGAUCUUGGAGCUUCCUCUGGUCAUUGGAACCAUCCCGUUCAGCGGCGUCGGCAGCAGAACCAGCAGCAUGAGCAGCCAGGCUUCCAGCAGCUGGGCCUCCAUCCGCUCGGCUCCUCCCAGCUACAGCAAUAUUGCCAGAGACCUGAAGGUGGAUGGCCCGCGCACGCCGCUGCUGCACGACUAUGACGGCGCAGAGGAUGAUGAUGAAGACGGAGGGCUCUUCAUGACAAUUAGUGCAGCUGGCUACCCUCCCCCUCCCCCCGCCUACAGUGAGGUCGAUAAAGAUGCCGUCGACCCCAGACAGGCUGUUCCAGUCUUUUGAGGCCAGACGAAAGAAGACAUUGUCCAUUUGAUGGGACAGACAACGGGAGGAGGACGGUGUAGACCCAUCGUGUCCAGUUAAAGACGAAACUGGAGCAUGAGAUUUCCAUUAAUAACUCAUCCGUUUCUGAGAACGAUUCAAAUAUUCCUGACAGCACCUCUAUGUUAUUCUGACAUCUUUUAUACCAUUUGUUGACAUUUGUUACAGUUUGUAAAAAUGACUCAGCUUUUUCUGUAGAUGACUCAGCUGUUCCUGACACUGACUCAGCUGUUUCUGACACUGACUCAGCUGUUUCUGACACUGACUCGCCUGAUUCUGACGAUGACUCAGCUGUUUCUGACACUGACUCGCCUGAUUCUGACGAUGACUCAGCUGUUUCUGACACUGACUCAGCUGUUUCUGACACUGACUCAGCUGUUUCUGACACUGACUCGCCUGAUUCUGACGAUGACUCAGCUGUUUCUGACACUGACUCAGCUGUUUCUGACACUGACUCAGCUGUUUCUGACACUGACUCGCCUGAUUCUGACGACGACUCAGCUGUUUGUAACAAUGACUUGGUUGUUUCUGAUGAUGAUCUAUUUUAUACUGACAUCUUUCAGAUGACUUUGAUAAUGACAAUGACUCAGCUUUUUUCUAACAGCUUUAUUUUACACCAAAACCUUUUAUUUCACUUGGACUUUUAAUGACGAUGACCAAGUCAUUGCCUUAUCCGACGAUGACUCAGCUGUGUCUGACGAUGACUCAGGUGUUCCUGACAUCCUGACAUCUUUUAUAUGAUCUGUUUUUAGUGACAUUGACUUGGCUGUUUAUGAAGAUUACUCUCUUGUCCCUUUAAUAACCAUAACUCAGCUGUUAAUGAAAAUAAUUGACCUUUUAAUGAUGAUGACUCAGCUCUUGAUGACAGUUAAACAAUAAUGUGUAAAAAAAAAA